AUGUCGUUAUUUCCGAUGUUGCUACUUCCAGGAACUUCUCCCAAACUUCAUGCAGUAAAAAGCAAGUUGUUUUCCUGCAGGAAACAAUUUAGGAAAUCCAGCUCUGCUACUGUCAUGGUUUUAAAGCAUUUCCAAAUGAAUUCCGACAAAAUUUCAGUUGAUUCUUCUACUGCUUCAGUGCUUCGGGUUGCAUAUCAGGGUGUUCCAGGUGCGCAUAGUGAGGCUGCUGCGCUGAAAGCUUACCCCCACUCUAACACAGUACCAUUCGAUAAGUUUGAGGAUGCCAUCAAAGCAGCAGAAAUAGGUUUGGUGGAUGAAGCAGUAAUCCCAAUAGAGAACACAAUAGGGGGUAGCAUACACUGCAAUUACGAUCUGCUGCUACGACAUAGGGUUCACAUAGUUGGAGAGACUCAUCUAAUUGUCAAUCACUGCCUUCUUGCUUUGCCUGAUGUUCCAAUCCACCAACUCAACUCCGUUUUCAGCCAUCCUCAGGCACUUGUUCAAUGUGAAAUGUCAGUGACCAAGUUGGGGGUAACUGCAAUUCCUGUUGAUAAUACUGCUCUUGCAGCUCAGAUUGUGGCCAGCCAUGGUGUUCGAGAAAAUGGAGCCAUUGCAAGUGCCCGUGCUGCAGAAAUCUACGGCCUCCACAUACUGGCUACAAAUUUUCAGGAUCACUCUCACAAUGUCACCCGUUUUCUCAGACUUGCGAGAAAACCAAUCGUCGCAACAAACAAAACAGGUUAUAAGACCAGCAUAGUCUUCAGUCUAAGAGGAGGGCCUGGAGAACUACACAAGGCACUAUCAGUGUUUGCAUCCAGCGGCAUUAAUUUGUCCAAGAUUGAGAGCAGACCAGAGGGAAAGCAUGCAGCUCGGGUUGUGAAUGGUUCUAAAAAUGGAAAUACCAUGUGCUUCAAUUAUUUAUUUUUCAUCGACUUUGAAGCUUCAGUGGAGGAGCCUAGAGCCCAGUAUGCUCUAGCACAUCUCCAGGAAUUGGCGAGGUCUGUUCGGAUUCUUGGCUGCUAUCCUAUGGACACUGCUCUCUAGAGGAACAUCCCCAGGCUUGCCUUACUUAUUCUUCUUUCAUUUAUAUAUCUGGAAAUGAGAAAAUUUUU